GCGUAGUGCGCUGAGCGGCGUCGUCCUGGUUGCUGUGGAACCGGCUCGCGUGGUUGCACGCCCUGCCCGCCUUCUGUCAUGGGCAGCGCUGAGAGCGCCGAGGCCCGAAGGGUGUCCUUCGAGAUGGAUGAGGAGGAGCGGGUCCGGGUGCUGCAGGGCAUCCGGCUGUCGGAAAGUGUGGUGAACCGCAUGAAGGAUUCCUGCCAGCCUUCAGCAGGGCAGCAGCCAGCUCCGGGUCCUGGUCCUGCACCCACUGUCCCUGCACCCACCACCCCUACACCUACCAUUCCUGUGCCCUCCAUGCCUGUGCCUAUUGCUCCUCCGCCUUCUUCACGUGGCCCCCAGGAAGGCGCCUUUAAAGCCCCUCAGACAGACUCCAAAGUGCCCAGGACAGAGAGUGGUGGUGGUAAUCAGCCCUCAGCAGUGAAAGAGGAUCUCAAGAGGUUCCAACAGGAGCAGGCUGCAGUCCAGGAUGAGCUAGUCAAGGUGGCGAAAAAGGAGAAAGAGGCAGCUGAGAAGCACUUGAAGGCAUCACUGCCUAAGAAGCGGGCCAGCCCUAAUCGUGAGCAGCAGCAGUCAGCACGACUGGCCAGGGAACUGGAGAACAGAGAGGCCGAGCUCAGCCGCCGUGACACCUUCUACAAGGAGCAGCAGGGACGCAUCCAGGAGAAGAAUGCCGAAAUAUAUAAACUGUCUUCCCAGCAAUUCCAUGAGGCGGCUUCAAAAGCAGAGAACACAAUAAAGCCCCGCAGGGUGGAGCCUGUGUGUUCUGGCCUACAGGCCCAGAUCCUCCGCUGCUACCGUGACCAUCUGCAUGAGGUACUUCUGUGUUCGGACCUGGUCAAGGCAUACCAGCACUGUGUGAGCACUGCCCGCAAGGGCUAAGGAGCAGCAUCUUUCCUGGAGCCUUGAAGAAGGGACCCAUCAUAAGACCACAGACCCCAGGCCAUGGUCUCUGUACCCUGCAGUUCCCAGCUGGGCAGCCAUAUGCCUCUGAGCAUGGAGCCACCAUGCUUGAGAAACAGUAUGUGCUACUGACCGAAAACAAAUAAAGCAGAAGUCUUUGUUUGCAGUCAUUCACUCACUGGCACCAAGUCACUCUGUUGACUCUGUGUCCAGCCUUCUGUUGGUCACCAAUAACACAGAGCCUCAUAGGACAGACUGCUUCUCUGGGGGAAUACUAGGCCUGGAAGGGGGACAAUAUGAAAACCCAUAACUCCGUGACUGCACAAAAGCCACCACAGAACAGGUAUGAGAAGAAAUAAAGGAUUUUUUCCCC